AUGACUGUUCCGUCCGAAGUAGUAAUGAACAUUCGAAUUCUGAAGGCACUUGGGAAUGUUUUUCCAGAGGGGCCUGCCCGGCACUUUAUUGUGGCAAAUACACUAAGGAAGCUUAAAAAACCAAAUGCUAUUACUGGAGAUAUGCUGUGGAGGUUUCUCUCCGUGUACUAUUUUGUAUCUGAGGAACUUGCAAUUCCAAACUCAUCAAGUAACUACAUCUGCUUCUCCCUUGAUGACUAUAUGAUAUGCGACACAAAGUAG